CUAUGCUGAAUUAGGAAUAUAUUUCUCCAGUAUCUCAAUCUGACCCCUAAACCCUUACUCUCUCCCCAAAACCCCUUCACCUCACAGGCUCACACCAUAGUUGUUGAUAGUUGAUAGUAAUCCCUUGCAAAACAGCAAAGAUGAGCAGCAGCACACCAAAGUUCGACAAUCUCCUCCUUCAAUCUUUGAUGGGUCGUCUUCAACUCCGCCAACAACCUCCUUCUCUCCUCUCUCAGUCCUUCGAUGAUCUCCUCCUCGACGCCGCCGGCCGUCUCUCCGAUUAUUCUCUCUCCUCUGACGAAGGAGACUUUAUCGACAAUGGUGGCGAUAACAAAACCCAACUUUCCAAAGAAGAAUCGAAGCUUGAAAAGGAGCUCAUUAAGAUCAUUCUCACUGGAAAUACCCAAUCUUUGAAACCCAAUUCAGGGCAAGCGGUUGCCAUUGGAGAACACCAUGUUUGUGUUGGCUUUCAUGAAGAAACCGGGUCCGAUUAUCGGGUUUGGGAGUGGCAUGGUCAUAUUAUGUUGUUUGAUGAGGAGGAUGGUUAUACUCCUGAGUAUAUUUAUGGGAAUUACUUUGAGAGGUUGAUGGGGAAAGCAGGGAGGAGAGAGAAAGAAGACAAGGAGGAUGAAGAAAAAGAAGAGGAGGAAAAUGAACACAAGGUGGAGAAUUUGGGAUUGAGGGAACUGAUUGAAGGUGCUGAUUCUGCCGGGAGUCGGAUUCUUCAUCAGAGCCGGAAUGCCGGUUCACCCAGGUUUUCUUAGAAGGUACAAGUGAAAACUGAGGUCUUGGAGUCUUGGGACAUCAUCCAACCUAUAUGAAAGGAAGCCGUGGAUUUACUACUCUUUUAAGUUUUAGCUUUGAUAUCCCAUUGAUUUUGUCACUACUCUGAAGUUUUAACUUUGGAGGAUUGUUCUUAGUCGGAGGUAAGGUCUGCAUUGUUUGUCGGACCAAAUUGCAGUGGACUAAUGUAAUUAUUUUUCAUUUUCAAGUUAUAUGCCUCCAUUUUCCUGCGACUGAAAAGGAAGAAAAUAGCUGAGGGUAUAUGCCUCAAUUUUUGUUCUGAGUAAAAAUAAACAGCUAUAUGUAGCCAUUUGCGGAUCUA